AUGGAUUGGAUAGCAGGCAAAUCAUAUUUUAUUGGUUAUACUACAAUCGAUCGAUUUGAUUCUAUCAUUUUUUUGCAUAAUUAUUUUUAUACAUGGUCAAUAGGAAUAUUAUUUUCUUUAAUACUUCCAAUAUUAUAUAUUUUUGCUCCAUCAUUAUUCCAUAAUAAAAAUCGUACAUCAUAUUUUCUAAUAAUUUGUCUUGUUUGUUUAUCAAAUAUGUGUUGUAUUUAUAUUCAACCAUAUUUAUUAAGUGAUUUCGGUGAACCAAAUUUAUCAAUUCAUUUAUGUCGUUUUAUUGUUUAUAUAUCAACAUUUGCUAAACCAUUUGGAUUAUAUUUAACAUUAUUAUUUAGUAUUGAAAGAAUUUGUACGAAAUUUAUUUUACGAACAAAUAAUCAUCGAAUAUUAUUGAAAAGAUUUUUUUCGUUAUCAAUUAUUUUUGGUAUUUGUUUUAUUGUUUCAAUUAGAUUAUUCGAAGUUAUAAAAUUAAUUAAAAACAAUCAAUUGACAUCGAAUAAAACAAUUGUUUCUGGUCAAAAAAUGAUCGAUGUUGAUUAUAAUUCAUCAGAUAGUAUACUAUCAUUUCAAUAUUGUUAUCGUUCAAUGAAUAUUGGAACUUACGCAAGAAUUUUAUCAUUUUAUGUCGUACAAUAUUGGUUUGAAUAUGCUAUAUUUAUUAUAAUUAUUCUUGUUUUAUUAUGGAUGAUUAUAUAUCAAUAUGUUUUACCUCGUUUUCAGCAACGAACAUCAUCGCCUUUAAGUCUUAAUACAAAACUUUAUUUUUCUCUUUCGUCAAGCGUAGUUUUAUUUGAAUUAAUCUUACAAAUUUUGCAUUUGAUUGUUAAAGAUGAUGAAAAUAAUAAUACGGAUUUUCAAGUUAAUAAUCUUCGCCGAAUGUUAUUUCUCUACAAUUUUCGUUGUAUUUUACUACCACUUAUUAUCUGUUUCAUUAUUUGUGAUCCAUUAAAACAAUGGUUCUAUGAACUUCUUAUACAACGUCCAUAUCUAGAUAAUAUUGAUGAAACUGAUCAUACAAAUACAAUGAUUGAUCAAUGA